AUGGCACCACCAAGUAAAUCCGUUCCUAUUCCCAUUCACAGAUCUGCCUCGCAUACACCAUCUAUGAUGGUAAACGCCAAGAAAUAUUUAUCAGAUCGGCCACAGUUGUUGGAUUGUCCUAGAUGCAGGGCUCAUGGAGAAACGGAACUACGUUUCGUUAAUGGUUUCUGCACAUUCAUUGCAUUCCUCGUCAUUUUAAUGGCUGGAGUAUUAGUUUUGCCUUUGUUCUUCCUUUGGGUACCUUUCUGCGUGGAUACCUUCAAAGACGUAGAGCACUACUGUCCAUCUUGUAAAGCCUGGGUCGGAACAUACAGAAGAAUUGGAAAGAGUACAUAA